CAAAGACACCGAGCAACAAACGUUCGUCUUAAAGUCUAAAUCUCUAUUAAAGAAGAAAUAAUAGGAAACGUUCUAUCUGCUUCGAUGUCCAAAAAUGGCAAAAACAAUUGUGGAAGUGUGGCCCUUGGAAGUGGAGGGGAAUCCAGACCUUGAGAGGGCAAUCAGAGUCUUGAGGGGGCAAUUGGCCCCCCAGCCCCCCAAAUGAUGCCCAUGAUAUAUGAAAUGUGAGAAUGAGUCUCCUCGCCAACCUGAUACCUUUAGCCCCACUCAUGGGCAGGGAAAUAUUUAACAGAGGUGUCAGUGUGAAAGAAGAGCUUAACUAUGAUGUCCCCGAAGAGACAUGUAUAGAAAUAAAGGAGGAACCACUUGAUUGUGUAGAUAAGAAGAGUGAUGAUGUUAGUGACAUGAAAGUGAAAAAUGAAUGCUUUUUCCUUCAUAAUCUUCAUGACCUAAGAAAUGAAGCAAAUGCAAAGGACUUGUGUAACUUGAUUCGGGAUCGUAAUGGUAUGUCAAGAGCCCCAUUUGUAACAGAAAACUAUGGGAACAAGUGUCCAUCAGAUAGGGAUCAGACUAUGCAUAAGGAAAGUCUGAAGGAGGACACACAACUAAAAGUGAAAGCCACAUUGAAUCGUUUUGUCUGUGAGGUGUGUGGCAAGAAAUUCUCAGGAAAGAGCCAUAUAAAUAUUCACAUGAGAGUCCACACACAGGAGAAGCCAUACAGUUGUAAUAUUUGCAAUAAGGCCUUCUCAUCCAAAAGCGAUCUAGUAAAGCAUACUAGAGUACAUACAAAGGAGAAGCCAUACAGGUGUGAGAUUUGCAGCAAGGAUUUCUCAUAUAGCACAAGUCUAGUGAAUCAUAUGAAAGUACACACAAAGGAGAAGCCAUACAGCUGUGAGAUUUGUAAUAAGGCCUUUUCACAUAAAACCAAUAUAGUGAGCCAUAUGAGAGUGCACACAAAGGAGAAGCCAUAUAGUUGUGAUAUUUGCAAUAAAGCCUUCCCAUCCAAAAGUGAUUUAGUAAAGCAUAUCAGAGUACAUACAAAGGAGAAGCCAUACAGGUGUGAGAUUUGCUACAAGGAUUUCCCAUAUAGCACUAGUCUAGUGAUCCAUAUGAGAGUACAUACAAAGGAGAAACCAUACAGCUGUGAGAUUUGCAAUAAGGCCUUUUCACAUAAAACUAAUCUAGUGAGCCACAUGAGAGUACAUACAAAGGAGAAGCCAUACAGUUGUGAGAUUUGUAACAAGGCCUUCUCACAUAAACAUAGUCUAGUGAACCAUAUAAGAGUACAUACAAAGGAGAAGCCAUACAACUGUGAGAUUUGCAAUAAGGGCUUCUCACAAGAAAUUAGUCUAGUGAUCCAUAAUAGAGUACAUACAAAGGAGAAGCCAUACAGCUGUGAGAUUUGCAAUAAGGCCUUUUUACAGAAACCAAAUUUGGUGAGGCACAUUAGAGUACAUACAAAGGAGAAGCCAUACAGUUGUGAGAUUUGCAAAUAAGGCCUUCUCUGAGAAAAGUAGUCUAGUAAGGCACAUGAAAGUACAUACAAAGGAGAAGCCGUACAAUUGUGAGAUUUGCAACCAGGCCUUUUUAAAGAAACCGAAUCUGGUGAGGCACAUGAGAGUACAUACAUAAGAGCCAUACAGCUGUGAGAUUUGCAUCAGUACCUAGUGCAGCACAUGUGAAUACAUAGAAAAGAAAAGCCAAAUAUAUGUGAGCUUUGCAAUAAGUAUUGAACCUUAUGAGAGUACAUACAAAGGAAAAGUCAUACAGAUAAGAAAUAUGCAAAAUAACAUCCACACAGAAUAGUCACCUGGUGCAACAUGGGGGAGAAGGCACAUCUCUGUGAGGUUUGAAACAAAGCUUUGUCACAGAAGAACUUAGUGCUACAUAUGAGAGUAAACAGAAUGGAGAAGCAAUGGUGAGAGGUUUCUCUAAUGAGUGUAAUAGAGUGAGACAUAUAUGAGUACAUAUAAAUAGAAACCAUUUAGUAAUUCUGAAGAAAAUGUUUAGUAUACAUUAGGGUAACAGGCCUUUUAUCAAUGAAGUCUAUAGAUAUGCUUUCACCCCGAGAAGACAUCCCAUUGUUAACACAAGAUUACUUCAAACAGCAUGUCAUUUCAUCUGUAAGUAACUCUUCCUCUUGACAUUAUUUAUGUUGUACAUAAUAUUCUUAUGCGUA